AUAAUAUUUAAAGAGCACUAUGACUCCGGAGUCGGACAGACCCUUCUCAAGUUUCCUAAGACAACAGAUUGUAUACAGAGAGGAACAUUAACAGAUUGUAUACAGCCUUCAAACCAGAUCUCAUAUUUCCUCCUCCUGCUAUCACACAGCCUACAGAUCCUGAUUAUGGCUUCAACUCAGAAAUGCCGUGGAAAAGGAAGCUGCGCUCCUGGGGCUGUACCCAAUGGCAAGAUACGCAUCUAUAGUAUGAGAUUCUGCCCAUAUGCCCAGAGAACCAGACUGGUACUAAGUGCCAAGGGUAUAGAGCCUGAAACUAUCAACAUCGAUCUGAAAAACAAACCCGAAUGGUACCUGGAAAAGAACCCUCUUGGCCAAGUGCCUGUCCUGGACCCUAAUGGUCAGAUAAUCUGUGAAUCGGCAAUCACAUGUGAAUACUUGGAUGAGGUAUACCCUGAGAAGAAACUUUAUCCCACUGACCCAUUUGCAAAAGCCCAGCAGAAGAUGUUGCUGGAGGAUUACUCAAAGGUUAUUCCUCUGUUCUACAAAAUUCCCAUGACUAGAAUGAAGGGUGAGGAUGUGUCAGCACUAGAAGUAGAGUUGAAGGAAAAGCUCUGCAAACUGAACAAGGUUUUGGUUAACAGGAAAACCAAAUACUUUGGAGGCAAUUCAGUCACUAUGAUUGACUACCUGAUCUGGCCAUGGUUCGAGAGGGUGGAGGCCUGGCAGCUUAAACAAUGUCUGGAUGGCCUUGCAGAGCUGAAAAACUGGAUUUUGCUCAUGAAGGAGGAUCCAGCAGUAAAGGCACUCAUGUUUAGCACAGAUGACCACAAGGUCUUUUUUACCUCAUUCAUCGAGGGAAAACCCAAUUAUGACCAUGGUUUAUAAAAAAAAAUGUUUAUACUGAAAUAGCUACAAGAAAUACUAUAAUUCAUCCACUGUUUUUUCCGUACAAGCUUUUGUACAAAUAUAAUGCCUCGUCACAAAAUGUCAUGAGAUGAAAUUAAACACAGCUUCUUUAAUAUCAA